CAUCUCACCACAAAACCCUCACCUAACCACAAAAUCCUACAGCCAAUGUGCUUCGCACAGUACACCCUGAUACUGCUGUGGCAACUAUGAGCAGCUACACCGCGUCGGGGUCGACUCUGAACGGUAAUGCCAGUAUGGUCUUCAAGGGCGCAGUAGGUCUCAAGGACAUCGGGGACGAGGUCCGCGGUCCUAUCAACAUUCCUAUCGAUACCUGCGCUAAAACUGGCGUGAUCAGUAAUGUGGAGACCGCCACUGACGAAGAGCUCAAUCCCUGGUGGAAGGUGGAGCUGCCUGAAGCGUACAACAUCUAUGCGGUGCGAAUUUUCAACCAAGAUUCUGACAAUCUAGAUGCCAUGAACAAUGUGACCAUCACCAUCUCCAACUCCACGACCGGCGAAAUCACACACGAUUGCGUACCCUACAAAAACUACAGGGAAAUAAAGUACGAGUCCGCUAGCCCAUUGUGGGCACCGACCGAUGGUUACUUUGCGCCCCCAUUGCCGGAUUCGUACAAAUACAACAAGAUGGCGAAAACAGGAGCAGUGUCUGUCGACGACGGUCUAGACGCAAUGAACUUCAACCAAAGUCUGUACAAUUUGAGUGAAGAAACCGAGACGUACAAGGAGAAGAAUAUUGGGCCUGGGUGGAACAUCAAAGAUAAGUAUGUGAACCUUAAGCGGCCGGAUCACCUCAAGGGACGUCGCGGAGUCAUCGAUACAGAAUCGCACAAGGACAGCUUCAACCCAAGCAUCAAGGCCUUCUGCUGGCCGCGAUGGCCGCUAGACUACACUAAGGCGUGGGGAGUACAAAGAAGCAUAUACGAUGCAGCCAAGGGCAAUGUGAUCACAGUCACACAGCACAACGAGGCCUGUGACAGGGCCACUGCCGAUCCCGAGGACUAUCGUAUCACGCUCUGCGACGUGGGCGUCUACACGUGGGACGAUGACAAGGUGCUCUAUGACGACGACGGAGAAGCCAAGACACUCAAUGUGCCCAUGCCAGGCUACAACUACAACUGGCAGUAAUUCCUGGGUACGACAGGGAUGCGCUCAGCUCCGGCUGACAGCUUUUCCUCACAGUCGACAGAAGCAUGUCGUCAUAUACAACGGUAUUUGGCUUGCAGAUGCAGUGUGUAUUGUCAUGUUGGUAUGUUACCCGGUCAGUCACAGAGGCAACUGCAAAGGACUCGACACUUCUGAAUAAAACUGUAGCACAA